CUCUCUCUCUCUCAACCCAAAUCUCACCGGCGAUCGUCACCGACGAAUCUGAUUCGUCUCCAACACACUCACCGGGAAGAAGAAUGGCGACUCCGGUUGAUCCACCAAAUGGAAUAAGGAAUCAAGGGAAGCAUUACUUCUCAAUGUGGCAAACACUUUUCGAGAUCGAUACGAAAUACGUGCCGAUUAAACCGAUAGGCCGAGGUGCGUACGGUGUAGUUUGUUCUUCGGUUAACAGAGAGACUAAUGAGAGAGUGGCGAUCAAGAAGAUCCACAAUGUGUUUGAAAAUCGGAUUGAUGCGUUGAGGACUCUUAGGGAACUUAAGCUUUUACGUCAUCUUCGACAUGAGAAUGUGGUUGCUCUUAAAGAUGUAAUGAUGGCUAAUAAUAAGAGAAGCUUUAAGGAUGUCUAUCUUGUUUCUGAGCUUAUGGAUACUGAUCUUCAUCAGAUUAUCAAGUCGUCUCAAGUGCUUAGUAAUGACCAUUGUCAAUACUUCUUGUUCCAGUUGCUUCGUGGGCUCAAGUAUAUUCAUUCAGCAAACAUUCUCCAUCGGGAUCUGAAACCUGGUAACCUCCUUGUGAAUGCAAACUGCGACUUAAAGAUAUGCGAUUUUGGGUUAGCGAGGACGAGCAACACCAAAGUCGGUUGCAUAUUCGCUGAGCUUCUUGGAAGAAAACCGAUAUUCCCUGGAACAGAAUGUCUAAACCAGAUUAAACUCAUCAUUAACAUUUUGGGAAGCCAGAGAGAGGAAGAUCUCGAGUUUAUAGAUAACCCGAAAGCCAAAAGAUACAUAGAAUCACUCCCUUACUCACCGGGAAUAUCAUUCUCUCGUCUUUACCCAAAUGCGCACGUUCUAGCCAUCGAUCUGCUUCAGAAAAUGCUCGUUCUUGACCCUUCAAAACGGAUUAGUGUCACGGAAGCGCUUCAGCAUCCUUACAUGGCGCCUUUAUACGACCCGAAUGCAAAUCCACCUGCUCAAGUUCCUAUUGAUCUCGAUGUAGACGAAGAUGAGGAUUUGGGAGCAGAGAUGAUAAGAGAGUUAAUGUGGAAGGAAAUGAUUCAUUAUCAUCCAGAAGCUGCUACCUUGAACAACAAUGAGCUCUCUGAGUUUUGAGAUCAAGUCUUUUGCAGGUAAUUUUCAGAGAGAUCUUUCAGCAACUUUCUUUUAUCUAUUUUCAUGUUUGCUUGAAAUGUUGUUAAUAAUAGUGUUUAAGAAGAAGAACAAUAACUUAUAAAUUAUGUGAUAUGUU